UUCCAACUUCAAUAUACCAAGCCACGUCUUGGACUUCCUUGUAGCCCUUUCCUAACCCGCGCCCCAAACAUCUUCGGUCGAUGCCCCUCACGCGCGAGCAAAGGGAGAAGGUAGAACAACUCAAAGCCUACGCGUUGAGUACCGAUGCAUUCUUAUACCUGCGGAUCGAUCCAUGCACGCUGGAAGAUCGCGAAAACCCCGAUUCUCUCAUCGUAGACGGUGUCCUGGAGGACCUUCGCCUGCUGGGCGCAUUGUUUUGGUCACAAAACCUGGCAAAGAAGGUCUUCCGCGAGGUGACUCAAUCGCUGCAGCUGAUCUGGCCGACACUAGUAUCAUGGCUUCAACUUCUGCAUCCGAGCCCUGCGACGCAGACAAGCCUUUCCUUGCUCUCUCUUCACAGCAUGUGCUCACUCUUGGCUGCUCUCUACUCGCUCCAGGGACCAGCGCAGAAAUUGCGCGCGGAAUCACAGGGCCUAUGUAACCUGGUUUUUCGCCUCUGGCUCCACUUCGACGAGUAUGUCACCGGGGAGACUGAUGUUGACCACUGCCUUGGUGACUUGGGGCUCGCCGUUCGCGAAGCCAUCUUCCUUGACGGGAAGGAUCGUAUCCGGGAAAUCAUGGGUGAUCGCACUCCGGGAAAAGACGAGAUCACCGAGCUCUACGCUGCACACCUCAGCCCCGUCUGCGCCACCGCCGUGCUCGCGGCCGUCAGAUACCACCCACGGCGCGUGUAUCGCCAAGCGUUGGCACAACUCCGUCUUGCACUCGCGCGCCGCGCCUCUGUGUCCCUCGCGGUGACUGAGCAGCUGCAGGCACUUGCCGAGAUCGCGUGUAACGUCCUUCCGCUCCUGCGUCCCACGCGCGACAUCGUGUGCGGUUUUGUUUCCUUGAUGCACACGAUCAUGGACCUUGAGGGCGGCGCGACCUGGGGUUCGAGCGUGGGAUUGAUCCUGGCGGCAUUUUGGUCUAACGCGAAAGAUGAGUCGUCGAUGGUCUGGGCGCUGCGAGCAGGGAUUCUGCCGCUGCUGCUUGACGCAGACGACGAGAAGGAGAAGAGGGAGAUCGUGGCGGUCAUCUUGAGGAACGCGUAUCGUAUCCGCGUGCUCCGCGCUAUGUGUGCGGAUGGGGGGAUACCUUCAUUCGAGGGGUCGGGCCUUCAAGACGACACGUGUUUUCAGACGAGGGUCGAUGGCUGGCUGCAGAUGCGAAUGAAUCUCAUGCAGGCCGCAUACCGCGAGAUCUGUGCCAAUCCGGAGUGUCCAUCGGCUCUCAAUGUGCAGACUAUCGCCGUGCGGCGCUGUCCCUGCUUCAAUGCAUUCUAUUGUUCCAAAACAUGCCAACGCGCUCACCGGCCAUUGCACAAGAGGAGAUGCCUUAAGGGCACGGAAGGAACUCGAUACUUGAUCUACAAAGAGGGUAUCCUCGAGCCCUGGGACGCACACUUUGUCUCCCUUUUGACGCGUUCAUUUGUUCUCGCGCACGCAGCGUCGAUCUGCCAGAGUGUAUAUCGCAUCAGAGGAGAACUUCCUCCCUCCAACUUUGCGCGCAUGUGCAUCAUGGUAGUGUAUCUCGAGAAGCUGCCGACGACGUACAUGGUCACACAUCACACCGAUGACCCGGAAUAUCCGGAGGAUGCGGUGGUGGUGGCAGCCCUUCUAGGCAGUCGUCGAGGAAUCGUGGACUUGCGAGUGGUUAGCGCAACGGUGUCGUGGCUGGAAGGAGUUGGGGCACAGCGGGUGGCGGAAGGAUACAGCGUCGACGAUUGGCUACAUGUUCUUGAUUCUGGAGCAAAGUGAACGUCAUUCUGGUCUUUCUCUGGCGAGCGGUAUCAAC